AAGAAGAUGGUGUAGGAAGUGUCCUCAUAACGCUUAGGAAAGCUCCCAUGGCUGCUCGUUUCCUUCUUCUUCUUGGAGUUCUCGCCUUCCUCUGCCUUUCACCGGCAAGCGUUCUUCAUGGUGCGGUGGUCGGCUUUGAUGGAAACCCCGGAGGAGGAGGAGGGACGGUGAGGAGGCCAAACGAGAGGGUGAUGACGAAAAUAGACUGUGGAUGGGAGUGCAAGCGUCGAUGUGGGGCGCAUUCGAGGCCGAACCGGUGCUUGAGGGUGUGCGGGACGUGCUGCUUGCGCUGCAACUGCGUGCCGCCGGGGACUUCAGGUAACCGUGAGAUGUGCGGCACUUGCUACACCGGCAUGACCACGCAUGGCAACAAGACCAAGUGCCCUUAAUUUCCCUCCCCUUUUGGUUUAUUUCAAUGGUAUAAUAAAAAUAAUUAUAUGAAACUACAAGCUCUUAAAUGCAA